UAAAAAUAAAUGCCCAACAAUGAGUCCAGUGAGUUUACAUAGUAGAUCCAGGAUCACUUCAGGUGUGUCAGCGGAUGUCUGCAUACUUGACCUUGAGUUUUGACCCCAACUCCUGAUGGAUCUGAGAUCAGCUCCAACUCAGGUUUCUUCCUGGUUCUCUGCAGCCACCAUGAUAACAGGAGGGGGGUUCGUAUUUACACUUUUAAGUGAAGAUUUCAGUGGACGUAGAAGCGCGUCCAGGGAAGAAACGAUCUGGACGACAGAUCACAGCUGCUGUGAAGACCGAUCUGUCCCCACGAUGAGAUGGCCAAGGGUUUGUGGCAUCGUGAAAUUAAACUCAGGCAGAUCACAUGGAUGUCAGAAAAUAAGACAUUAUCAAUUCUAUGUCACUGUCGCUUUUGUUUGAUCAUAAUAUUUUGGGAGAGUAGGAGAGUGUUUUUUUUUUGAGACUAAGAAUGAUAGACUGAUGUAUGAAGUUAUGAUUGAAGAAGAGGAAUUAAACAUGAGUGCUUUGUUCGUGAUGGUGUUUCUCAAGAUAUUUCAGGACUGGAACCCUUGGAUGGCACCAGCAACCCCUGAACAGAGAUGAAUACUUCUCACUUUUGAUGUAUAACAGUAAUGCCUGUGGAUUUGUUGACAAAAAUAGUUCCGUUACUGCACUGCUAUUCAUUUUAUCUUGAGAUUAUCUUUCAUUAUUUAGCUGUUGUUCUCAAAAACACAAGAUGAUUUCAGUUAAUAUUUCUAAAUUGUGAGUUAAAAAAUGUAUUUUAUCACCAAGAUUAUUCAGCAAGUUCUCUUUGAGUUGAUGUUUUCACCAAAUAUCAAAAUAACAAAUAUUACUGAAUUGUCGUUAUAAGAAGGUAUUUGACAGGAAAUGAAUUACUGUUCCAUGUGACUCAAAUAAUGUAAUUAGAAACAACCUUUUUUGUCGCGAUAGGAACUUUAUCAGAACUUUCACUUCACUGCGAGCAUGAAGCAAAAAGCUGCCAUCUAAUGUUGACUUGGGCGAAGUGUUUUCAGAGUUUAUUGAAAGAAUAUAGCACAUUCCCAGCAGUGUUUAUUAUUUGUGCUACAUCAAUGACCAUAAUUAUUUUAGUUUUUUGGUGGUAACCCCUGUGGAAACGCCGAUCAACAAAGAUGAAGAAAAAUAAAUGGCGUUUUGGUGUAACAGAACAAAACUUCGAUCUUAAACUUAACUGUAUCUAACUGCCCUUUAUCUGUGCCACAUGCGUCGGUGGUUACUAUGACAACUUUCAUUGGAGUCAGUGGCUAUUGAAAGCCUGGAGAGAUGUUUCAUUGACAGAAAACUAUUGAUAGCGGGGAUAGCUGUCGGUGACGUCACCCGAGAAUCUCCUGAAGCGACAGAUUUCGGUGUCACAAGAUCACAGCUCCAGUCAGUAGCGCUCAGAUCCGCUUCCUCUGACGCCGGUCACGUGACCCGGAGCGACACCCAGCUGAACAACAAGUCCUCUGGACCAGACCUCAUCCGCACCAGAACUCCUGCCUGUCGAGCUCCCACUGAGCAGGCACAAUGUCGAGGACAAGUCUGGAGGCGUGUCGUGCCAGGAUACGAUCAGAACUGGACAGGGUGGUGGACUUCUGGCUGAAACACUCUCACGACAUGAAGCACGGCGGCUUCUUCACGUGUCUGGGGAAGGAUGGGACGGUGUACGACGAGCUGAAGUACGUCUGGCUGCAGGGCAGACAGGUGUGGAUGUACUCGCGGCUGUACCGAACCAUGGAGCGGUUUCGUCGGCCAGAAAUACUAGAAGCAGCAAAGGCUGGCGGUGCUUUUCUCAGGAAGUUUGCUCGGGUCUCCAACACCAGCGGUCAGUGGAAGUGUGCGUUCUGUCUGACCAGAGAUGGGAAAGCCGUCAAAGUCCAGAGGAGCAUAUUCAGCGAGUGCUUCUACGUCAUGGCGCUCGAUGAGCUGAGCCGAGUCACCGGAGAUGAGAGUAUGGAGCUGGAGGCUGCACAGAUGAUGGAGCAGCUGGUCUUCUGGGUCCGUGUGGACUCCACAGGCCUCGGUCGGCCUCAGCUCCCUGGUGACACUCCCACCAACAGCAUGGCAGUUCCAAUGAUGCUCCUGUGUCUGCUGCAGCAGCUGACCGAAGGCAGAGGUCAGGAGGUUGCUCACAAGCACAGAGAGCUGGGCCAGUGGUGUGUCCAGCAGAUCUUACAGCAUGUUCAGCGAGACGGGACGGCCAUUUUGGAAAACGUGAAUGUGGAUGGAGCCGAGCUUCCAGGGUGUCAUGGUCGACUCCAGAACCCAGGUCACGCCCUGGAGGCGGGCUGGUUCCUGCUCCAGUACGGGCGAGGGCAGCAGGACCAGGACCUGCAGAACACUGCCAUCAGCAUGUUUGUGGAGCUUCCGUUCAACUCCGGAUGGGACAAAGAAUACGGCGGGCUCUUCUACUUCCUGGAUGUGGAUGGUCACUGCCCUACACAGUUGGAGUGGAGCAUGAAGUUGUGGUGGCCCCACUGUGAGGCUCUCAUCGCCUUCCUCAUGGUCUACAGACAAAACAAGAACCCUCAAGCGCUGGACAAAUUCCUUCAAGUGUACGACUACACAUUCCGUCACUUUUCAGACCCUGUGGCGGGUGAAUGGUUCGGCUAUCUGACACAAGAAGGGAAAGUGGCUCUCGACUUCAAAGGCGGACCGUAUAAAGGGUUCUUCCAUGUUCCUCGCUGUCUCUACAUGUGUGAGCAGAUGUUGGACGAAAUACUUGACGGCUAGUUAGCACCUGCUGCCAGCAACAGUGGCACAAAAGGGAAGUGGUCCUUUCGCUCAUUCAAUAUAUCGGAUGCUCCAAUGUUUCACUAACUACUCCAUGAAAAUCACUGUUUUAAAUUAAUAAACUCUCAGCAAUUCAUAAUUUUCAGUGAUGGCUGCCGAUGUUUGUAAAUAAAACCCAAUGCAAUUUUCAUUCUGGUUCACCAGUAUGUCAGAGUUCGAGGUGAGGAAUUUCGAGUGAGUCUUUUCACAGAUUGCACUCAUUUCUUUCUUCUUUUUACAAAUCGGACAGAAAUUGUGUGUUUUUGUGUGUGUUCACCUGAAAUAAAUAUGUCUUCACAUUUAUU